AUGAUUGCGCAGCAGAAUGACGAGGAGACACCUCUUCUGCAACGACCAGAGCAGCCAACGGCCAAGACACCUCUUCCAUGGGAUCAAUUGUGGAUUCUACUGCUCUUGGAGAUGCCAGAAUUUCUUUCUUCUGGGACCCUUGCACCGUUUAUUCCUCAACUCAUUAGAGACACCGGAGUCACUCACGGAGACGAAUCCCAGGUUGGACACUACGCCGGCAUCCUUCAAUCAUCAUACUAUGCAGCUCAUACCCUGACUAUUUUUUAUUGGUGUCAAUUGUCCGACCACAUCGGACGGAAGCCUGUAAUACUGACAGCUCUAUCAGCAAUUGUUAUUUCGACAUUUUCGUUUGGGCUGUCGAAGACCUUCUUUGCUCUGGUGUUCAGUCGCGUUGUCAGCGGAGCAUUUGAUGCGAGCGAUAGUAUGGUCAAGAGCAUGCUGAUGGACAUUACUGACGCAACCAAUAUGCCCAAGGCAUGCAGUUAUGUACCAAUCCCGUGGACCAUCGCAAGCGCAAUUGGAUCACUCAUCGGGGGAUCAUUCUCCCGACCAGCAGACAGAUUCCCUCACAUUUUUGGGCGAUCAGAACUUUUGAAAACCUACCCAUAUCUCCUACCAUGCUCUAUUUCGGCAUUGCUUAUAUCGACAAUUUGGCUAGUCGCGUAUAUCCGUCUUAAAGAGGUGAGCGAUGCUGAAAACCCAUCUCUGGAUCACACUAAGUGUGGUUACAAGAGCGUUUCUACUAAUACACCGCUUUGGGAGCUCAUUAAACGAGGAUUCUUCGGACAGUCAUACUCAAACCCUCGCCAGCCAUCGAGCAACGUUAUAGUUGAUCCUGGCGAAGUCAAAUCAAAGCCGCUUCCGCUGCGUGCUUUACUAACCUCGAAAGUGUUGAGCGUAACAGCGAGUUAUGCCACCACAGGCCUGUUUGACAUGGGGUUCAAUUUGAUCUUACCUGUUUUCUAUGCGACACCAAUCGAACUCGGUGGUCUUUCCCUCGACCCUCCUCGCAUCGGUGCUUUACUUGCGGCAUCAGGUAUCAUACAAGGCAUAUUCCAGCUACUUUUCUACGCUCGUUUAAAUGAUUGCUUCGGUACAAGAGCUGUCCACAUCACCGGCGUCAGCUCCGGCAUACCUAUCGUCAUUUUAUUUCCAGUGGCCAAUGCUUUGGCUCAUGCCUAUGGAAUAGGCAUGGCGGUGUGGCUGUGCGUUGUCGUCCAGAUUAUGCUGAGGACCGUCCUGAACAUGUGCUUCCCCUGCAUAUCAUUAUUCGUCAGAGCAGCUGCUCCCAAUCGCGCCUCGAUCGGUGCAACCAACGGAGUUGCCCAGGUGGCUGUCGCGGUAGCAAGGAUUGUUGGCCCGGCGUCUGCAGCUUCGGUCUUCUCUUAUUCGUUGCAGGAAGGGCAUAAUGCAUGGUCGAUAUACUACUUCAUGACCGCACUUGCAUUUCUCGCUGUAGGUACUGCUUUAUUGCUUCCCCGUGAUCCUAGUGUAUGGGAAAAUUCCCAAUAG